UUGAGCAUGGUAGCUGAGAACUCCUCCUCCAUGACAGAGUUCAUCCUUGCAGGCUUAACGGACCAGCCUGGACUCCAGAUGCCUCUCUUCUUCUUGUUUCUAGGUUCCUACGUGGUCACUGUGGUGGGAAACCUGGGUUUGAUAACACUGAUUGGGCUGAAUUCUCACCUGCACACCCCUAUGUACUUCUUUCUCUUUAACUUGUCUCUCAUAGAUUUCUGCUAUUCCACUGUUAUCACCCCCAAAAUGUUGAUGAGCUUUAUCUCAGAGAAGAACAUUCUCUCCUACCCUGGGUGUAUGACUCAGCUCUUUUUCUUUCUGUUCUUCGUCAUUUCUGAGUCCUUCAUCCUGUCUGCGAUGGCAUAUGAUCGCUAUGUUGCCAUCUGUAACCCACUGGUAUACACUGUCACUAUGUCUCCCCAGGUGUGUUUACUUCUCCUGUUGGGUGUCUAUGGCAUGGGGUUUGCUGGGGCCAUGACCCACACAGCAUGCAUGGUGAGGUUGACUUUCUGUGCUGACAAGCUUGUCAACCACUACAUGUGUGACAUCCUUCCCCUUCUUGAGCGGUCUUGCACCAGCACCUAUGUGAAUGAGCUGGUGGUCUUUAUUGUUGUGGGCAUCGACAUUGGUGUGCCCACAGUCACCAUCUUUAUUUCUUAUGCCCUAAUCCUCUCCAGCAUCCUUCACAUUCACUCCAAAGAGGGUAGGUGCAAAGCUUUCAGCACCUGCAGCUCCCACAUAAUUGCUGUUUCUCUGUUUUUUGGGUCAGGGGCAUUCAUGUAUCUCAAACCAUCUUCUCUUUUACCUAUGAACCAGGGGAAAGUGUCCUCCUUGUUCUACACCAUUGUGGUGCCCAUGCUUAACCCCUUAAUCUAUAGCCUGAGGAAUAAAGAUGUCAAAGUUGCUCUGAAAAAUAUCUUGAGCAAAAAUCUAUUUUCUUAA